UCGCAGGAUAAUUGAAAAGAGGUAAAAAAAAAAUUCGACAAAGAAGAGAUAUCACACACUAGCCUGCUGUUGUGAUCUAUUAAAUUUUUUCAAGAGGAAUUGAAUCUAAAUCUUAACCAUGGGAUCUAAUGUCAGCGUAGAGGAUCACAACGAGGCAGUCUUUAGAAGUUUAAAACCUGGGGACAUCGUCAAGUUUGACCGUGGAUGGUACAGCCACUACGCUCUCUAUAUAGGUAAAGGUAAAGUGAUCCACCUGACGGCCCCAGACAACGGUCACGGCAUUUCCAGCAACAUCCGGUCACGUCACGUGGCAUCAGUGGCCAGUGUUCCAGUGGACAAGGCUGUUGUAGCAGAAGGUGAUUUUUUCUUUGUGGCAGGCCACGACAGGGCUUACAAGGCCAACAAAGAUGAGUGGCCGAGUUUUGAUGAGAAAGAGGUGUUGAGGAAAGCCAAAUCGAUGCUUGGUGAGACUGAUUAUCAUCUGCUGACCAACAACUGUGAGCAUUUUGUCAAAAAUCUCAAGUACGACAGGAAGGAAAGCGAUCAGGUUCAGACAGCUGCAGGUGCGACAGGUGUGGGGACGUUUCUUUUUAUCGCUGGAGCCGCGACUGCCAUCAUAGCAUUGACGGUACAGAGUUCAAAGAACAAGGCCCAGCGAUCAUAAUUCAUUGCCCGAUCACACUGAAAGUCUAACAAUUAAGGCUGAGUUCUGAUUUGAGCUCACUGAAAGGCGACAAUUAAUGCUUGAUGAUUCUAGUCUGAUCGCAAUAAGCUUAUAUAAAGUAAUGAUAAACUACUGAUUUGAUCGCACUGAAAAUCUGAUAAUUAAAUGUGAAUACUGAUUUGAUGACAACAAAAUGCUGAAAAUUGAAUCUGAAAAUUGAUUUGAUGACCAUAAAAGGCUGACAAUUAAUGCUGAAUACUGACUUGAUCUAAUUAAAAUGAUUUUAAGACUGAUUCCAUCACACUUGAUGCCGAGGUUCAGAGCACAAGACCAAUAGGUGACCUCUGACUUGUCAAUUUGUCACCUAACCGUGCUAUAUGACACCUCAAGAAAUAGUAGAGCAGUGU